AUGAAUGCCUUAGAUAAGUUCAAACAAGUUAGCCAGCAAGACCUCCAUCGCUUUUUAGCCAGCGACCACCGCGAUUUUAAUGUUUUAAGCGUCUCUUUUAAACAAAUAUUAAGCACUCAACGCACAAGCGUGAUAUUAUCUAAAAAUAGUGCUAAAAGUUUUUACCUUAAAGACAAAAACCGAGCAAAACCAGUUGAAAUCAACCCUAAGCCUACUCCUCCGGUCGACUGCCGCCAAGACGCUCAAAACUGCUCCUACUUUUCUUUAUUUUCCAGCAAAGAAAAACGCCUUCACACCCUUUUUAAAGAUAAAAUAGAAGCUAAUUUCGAAGGAACCGCAGAAACUCGCCCACUUUUAUUCUUAACUCUAACUUUUAACACUACUCGCCAAGACUUAUCCGCCUUCACCACUAACUGA